UUCAAUGGUGGGAGAGGCGCGGGCCGGGGAAAGGAAGCGGCGGAGCUGCCAGGCGCUCGCCGCAGCAGGGCAGCAAACUUCACCCCGGCUCCACUCUGCACUUGGCUGCUGGGGGUGAAGGUGGUGCCUGGAUUUUUAAGGUGUGAAUGAAAGAGAGACUCUGCAAUAUUUAGUGUCCAGUUUUACUGGCUUUGAAGAACAGCGGCAUUUACAAUGCCGCCUCCUGCUGAUAUAGUGAAGGUGGCUAUAGAAUGGCCAGGUGCCUUCCCCAAGUUGAUGGAAAUUGAUCAAAAAAAACCAUUGUCUGCAAUAAUAAAAGAAGUUUGCGAUGGGUGGUCUCUUAUGAACCAUGAAUAUUAUGCACUGCAACAUGCUGAUAGUUCCAAUUUCUAUAUCACAGAAAAGAAUCGCAAUGAAAUUAAAAAUGGAGCGAUCCUUCGAUUAACAACCUCUCCAGCUCAAAAUGCACAGCAGCUCCACGAGAGGAUCCAAUCUUCUAGUAUGGAUGCCAAGUUAGAAGCACUGAAAGACUUAGCCAGUUACUCACGGGAUGUUACGUUUGCCCAGGAAUUUAUAAAUCUAGAUGGUAUCUCUCUCCUAACGCAGAUGGUUGAAAGUGGCACAGAACGCUAUCAGAAAUUGCAGAAGAUAAUGAAGCCCUGCUUUGGAGAUAUGUUGUCCUUUACACUGACUGCAUUUGUUGAGCUGAUGGAUCAUGGGAUUGUAUCAUGGGAUACAUUCUCGGUGGCAUUCAUUAAAAAGAUCGCAAGUUAUGUGAACAAAUUUGCCGCGGACAUCUCUAUCUUGCAACGGUCAUUAGCCAUCCUGGAGUCAAUGGUGCUCAAUAGCCAUGAGCUGUACCAGAAGGUAGCCCAGGAGAUCACCAUCGGCCAGUUAAUCCCACAUCUUCAGGGGACAGAUCAAGAAAUCCAAACCUACACGAUUGCAGUAAUAAAUGCACUUUUCCUUAAAGCACCUGAUGACAAGAGGCAGGAGAUGGCAAACAUUUUGGCACAAAAACAGCUUCGGGCUAUCAUCUUAACACAUGUUAUCAGGGCCCAGAGGGCCAUCAAUAAUGAAAUGGCGCACCAGCUUUAUGUUCUGCAAGUGCUCACCUUUAACCUUCUGGAGGACAGAAUGAUGACCAAAAUGGAUCCACAGGACCAGGCUCAGAGGGAUAUUAUAUUUGAACUCCGAAGAAUUGCUUUCGAUGCAGAGUCUGAACCCAACAACAGCAGUGGCAGUAUUGAGAAACGCAAAUCUAUGUAUACCCGAGACUAUAAAAAACUUGGAUUUAUUAAUCAUGUAAACCCAGCAAUGGAUUUUACACAAACCCCUCCAGGAAUGCUAGCCCUUGACAACAUGCUGUACUUUGCCAAACACCACCAGGAUGCAUAUAUCCGGAUUGUCUUGGAAAACAGCAGCCGAGAAGACAAACAUGAAUGUCCCUUUGGCCGCAGUAGCAUCGAGCUGACAAAGAUGCUGUGUGAAAUCCUGAAAGUAGGAGAACUACCCAGUGAGACCUGCAAUGAUUUCCACCCCAUGUUCUUCACGCACGACAGAUCAUUUGAGGAGUUUUUCUGCAUCUGCAUCCAGCUGUUGAAUAAGACGUGGAAGGAAAUGAGGGCAACCUCUGAAGACUUCAACAAGGUAAUGCAGGUGGUGAAAGAGCAAAUAAUGAGAGCACUCACUACCAAGCCUAGCUCUCUGGACCAAUUCAAAAGUAAACUUCAGAAUCUAAGUUACACAGAAAUUUUGAAAAUCCGUCAAUCCGAGAGGAUGAACCAGGAAGAUUUCCAGUCUCGUCCAAUUCUGGAGCUAAAAGAGAAGAUUCAGCCUGAAAUCUUAGAGCUGAUCAAACAGCAACGUCUUAACCGACUUGUCGAAGGCACCUGCUUUAGGAAACUCAAUAGUCGACGGCGACAAGACAAAUUUUGGUAUUGUCGAUUAUCGCCCAAUCACAAGGUCUUGCACUACGGAGACUUGGAAGAAAGUCCACAGGGAGAAGUUCCCCAUGAUUCUUUGCAGGAUAAAUUACCUGUGGCAGAUAUAAAAGCAGUUGUGACAGGGAAGGACUGCCCUCACAUGAAGGAGAAAGGUGCUCUUAAACAAAACAAGGAGGUGCUUGAGCUUGCUUUCUCUAUAUUGUAUGACUCAAAUGGCCAACUGAAUUUCAUCGCUCCUGAUAAGCAUGAGUACUGUAUCUGGACCGAUGGAUUGAAUGCCCUCCUUGGGAAGGAUAUGAUGAGUGACCUGACACGAAAUGACUUGGACACACUGCUCAGCAUGGAGAUAAAGCUGCGUCUCCUCGACUUGGAGAAUAUACAGAUUCCUGAUGCUCCCCCACCAAUUCCAAAGGAGCCCAGCAACUAUGAUUUUGUUUAUGACUGUAACUGAAACUGCCCACUGAAACUCGCAUUUAAACUGGAAAUAUUAUAACUGGAAAGAUUAAACAAAGAGAGCGAGAAGCCCACCUUGGAUUAUGGACUGUAGUUAAAGCACUCACUUUUCUUUCCAUUCCCUACAUCUGUUCCUUUCCCCAUAUCCCAUCUCCCCCGUUGCUAGCCAAAAACUACAUUGCUUUAAUUAACUUCUAAUUGCAGUCCAUUGGAUGUGGCUAACACGAAGACCACUAAGCAGCGUCCAUCAGAGGAACUUUUAAAUUUUUAAUGCUGGAAUAGGCAUUCUAAAUAAAAUACGAUGCUUCCAAA